CUUGAGCAGGGCGAGCAGUGUUGGCCGAGCAGGGGCUGCAGGGCCGAGGGAGUGCAGACUAAAAAAAUGCAGACCACCGCGGCACUGCUCAUUUCGCCGACUCUGAUCCGCUGCUGUACCAGGGGUCUAAUCAGACCUAUGUCUGCCUCCUUCCUGAAUAGGCCAGAGUAUUCAUCUAAACAGCCUUCCUACAACAGCUCCCCACUCCAGGUGGCCCGAAGGAAGUUCCAGACCAGUAUUGUCUCCCGGGACAUUGACACAGCAGCCAAGUUUAUUGGUGCUGGGGCAGCCACAGUUGGUGUGGCUGGUUCAGGAGCUGGCAUUGGAACGGUGUUUGGCAGCUUGAUCAUUGGCUAUGCCAGGAACCCGUCUCUCAAGCAGGAGCUCUUCUCCUACGCCAUUCUGGGCUUUGCCCUGUCUGAGGCCAUGGGGCUCUUCUGUUUGAUGGUUGCCUUCCUCAUCCUAUUCGCCAUGUGAGGCUCCAUGAGGGUCACCUACCUGUUCCUGCUGCUGGGACUCCAUGCCAUUCAUGGUGCUGGGGUGUGCUAAGCUUUACCAUUAAACACAACUUUCUCUAAAAAAAAAAAUAAAUAAAG